UUUCAAGAAACCGUUACCGCGGGUUGACCAGCUAAAUCCUGGUCCCCCUCCUCCUGGUCCUCCUUAACCGCUCCGACCACCGUCAUUCCUUACCUUCGCUUCUUGUAAAUGUUGCAAUGGCUAUGAACGGCCACAAGCAUUCGACCUCGGUGUCGCAAACUCAGAACUACAAAGCUCAGCUCGCCAACGCCUAUAAUGAACUUGGGAAGGAGCUUUCGUCUCAGAAGAUCAGGGUCGUCGGGAACUACACCCUAGGGAAGGUCAUCGGUGAAGGCACGUACGGUAAGGUGCGCCUCGGAGUGCACCGCUUGACCGGAAUCCGUGUCGCCAUCAAACAGAUCCCGAAAGCAAUGUCCGCCUCUUUGACCAGGGAAAUACACCACCAUCGCCAGCUUCACCACCCCCAUAUCACACAACUGUACGAAGUCAUUGCGACCGAGUCCAACAUCUGGCUCGUCACCGAGCUCUGUUCCGGCGGCGAGCUAUUCGAUUACCUCGCGGAGAAGGGGAGACUCAACGAGGAGGAGACGCGCGUUAUAUUCGGGCAGCUGUGCCUCGCGGUCGCCUACGUGCACUCGAAGGGCAUCAUACAUCGUGAUCUCAAGCUGGAGAACGUGCUGCUUGACGAGCGCUGCCGUGUGAAGCUCGGGGACUUUGGCUUUACGCGCGAGUUCGAGCGCGGUGUACUGCUCGAGACGUUCUGCGGAACAACGGGCUAUGCAUCGCCGGAGAUGCUCAUGGCGAAGAAGUACCUCGGACCGGAGGUCGACGUCUGGUCUCUAGGUGUGAUACUGUACACCCUCCUGACCGGCACAUUACCCUUCGAUGACGAUAACGAGGACAUCAUGAAAGAGAAGGUUAUUCGAGGGGAGUUUGAGGACCCGGAAUGGCUUUCCGAAGAAUCCCGCGACUUGCUCCAGUCGAUCCUACAGACCGACCCCGACAAGCGCCCGACGAUCGCCCAGAUACUCGCCCAUUCCUGGUUCACGCAGGGUGCUGUCGAUCCAGCGGCCUCGCAGGUCAGCCUCGCCAUCCCGUCGCGGCCAGCAUCUGCUCCCCUCGUCCGACCACCCUCUCAGCUGAACACAACUGUUUCCGGGUCCACCUAUCACUCCGCCUCUUCGGAAUUCCCUACGACGACCCCAAAUGACUCGGCGACUGACCUGUUCUCCCAGGACGCCGAGACCCCUCGGAAGAGCGCUGACGUCCGAGAUGUCGAUCAAUCCCUCGACGACAGCAUGGAGCAGACGCCGUCCCGCCCUGAUAUGCGGAGACACGGAUCCAGUGUCAUGUCGAGGUCCUCCAAGACACCGCCAGUCCUUCCUACUCGAACACCAGCGCGAACGAAGCGACGCUCAGUAUCAUCAACGCUUUCCGAUCCCACCACGCCGACAUUUGACAGAUCGUCUGCGCCUGUUCUCCCUCAGGACUUCUCUUCCGUACUCAACACACCAGCUCCUAUCAUCUUCUCGACGCCGCUAGAGCGCGACCUGCUCAACUCCAUGAGCGUGCUGGGACUUGACACCGGCCAGAUCGUGCACUCAGUCUUGAGUGACGCGUGCGAUGCUACGGGUGCGCUUUGGUGGAUGCUGAAGCGUAAGACGGAAAGGCGUGUCCUCGAGGAAGGAACGAAACCGGAGCUUGUUGAGUCACCAGACGAGGUAAAGCACAAAGAGGACACACAGCUUGGACUGCAGGAGGAACGACGGAAACAGGACAGGUCGAAAGACAAGGACAGUAUCGAGCGCCGCUCGCACGAAACACCGACGAGGGGCACCAUUCCAGCUGCACUCACCCAGGCAAUGUCCGCUCCCGAACUGCAGCUCAUACCUCCGACACCUAUUGCCGCUACGGCAGUUCGUCCGAAGACGCCUCCUCGAGCGAAGUCGCCUACCAACGCACUCCUGUCGCCAUCACCGUCUAUGGCAGAUAUCUCCAUCCGUUCCGGCCCAUCUACUCCUGGAAGUAGCAUGAAGGACAAGGACAAGGACCAGGGGUCGAAGGGCAGGAAGACGCGCUCGGGCAGUGUGAGCAUCAUGCAACGCGCGACGACCGCGCUCGAGGCAGCUGGGCUCGUGCGGAAAAAGUCCUCAGAGGCUGUGCGAGAUAGUGGGGACAAGCGGCCGGGCAUUGGGGAAGAGCCCAGGGCUUCGCACGCCAGCACAUCGAGCAGGCUGCUGAAGAGCCCGCCUCUGAAGCCCAAGGACGCUGGGGUGCCGACUACGCCUCCGCCGUCUAUGAGUAGCGUGAAUGUGCAGGCGGAAACCGGCUCUCCGUGGGUCAUGGCUGGCGCCAGAUCCUCCCCACCUCCUAAUGGCACGGAUUCACCGAGAGACACGCUCUCUGCGUUGCCAAACAUUUCGGGGAACAAGGGCGUCGGCGCCCACCGGAAUCGUGCAAGCUUGCUAUCGGCGUUCCGUAUGUGGUUCAAGGAAGACCCAAAAGGCAAACGCAAGGAGCAGGCGGGGCUUGCCUCCCCAAGCGUGUCUUACAGUCGUCAGCUCAAUAGUCCCGGAUCUUCCACUCCUGUAACUGGCCGUGGACGUGGUGCCGUCAAGCGGCGAGCCAGCGGGAACCGGGGCAAGUUUUCUACUGGGAGGAGUGCGAACAAUCGAGCGAAACGAGUAUCAGCGUCCUCGCGGCGGUCGAGCAGUGCCAACUCGAAGCGCUCCUCUGUUCAGUCUGCUCAGUUCCCGUCAUUUGACUCACCCGGGUACACCAAUGUCUCCAGGCGGAGAAGUGACGCAAGUCGACGUUCGUUCGGCAGCCAUACGCCGAACUCGGAGCGGGAGGACUACGUCUCGCGACCGUCGUCUGUGCAGAGCUUCAUGGGUCACCGGCAUCGGAAGUCGCCCUCCGCGAGCUCAGCAGGUUCGAUGUAUCCCGGACGCACAGCUUCACCAUUGCCGAAGUAUCAUCGGAGAGGAGGCUCAGGCUCAUCGACCCGUGUCGUCAGACAGGUACACGCGCCGCCACACAUAGGGCACCUCCGUUCGAACUCCGCGUCCUCAGCGCACUCGCUGACGUCCUCGCGGCCGGGCUCGAUCUACGAGUUCAGCGAGAACGAGAGCCGGCGGAACAGCUCGCCGCACCGCCCGCUCGGCCGGCGCUCGCUUGAGGAGAAUCAGACCCCGCGUCGGUCGCAUGCGCAAACCGCGUUCGUCGCGCGCAAGCGCGAGACACCCUUUGGGCACCCGAACGGCAGCAGUGGCAGCGGUGGGGGUUACCUCUCCUCGCUCGGCCGCUCGAGUUGGAAGAAGAGCUGGGGGCACGAGCCGCCGGGCUGGCAGACCCGCGCGUCCUACUCCGCGAUCGAGGUGCUGGCGAUCUCGCCGCCUGUCGAGGUCGCACAGGGCAUCCGGGACGUGUUCUCCGGGCGCGCGUCGCUGACCCUUGGCGACGAGAGCGACUGGGUCGAUGAGGACGAGGACGGGCUAGGCUUCGCGGGCGGGCUGGGACAGAUGCCCAUCCCCACGAACGUGGGCACGAGCGCGAGUGCACAGACUGCGUAUGCGCCGCCGUUCGCACCCCGUGCACCUGAGGUGCCGAUGCUGUCUCCAGCGCCGAGGGGCCAUGCGGGGCGCGCGAGCGGGAAGCGCGGGGGUGUAGCGAUUGCAAUACCGAGUACGAGCGCGCGGGCACGGAGCAAGGCGGGGAGGUCGCCGAUGGGGCGCACGUCACCCGUGCCCGACUCAUCGUUUGAGCAGGCGGAGCAGCAGCGCAGCGGUCGGAGACAGUUGCCUGCAAGCCGCUCGGGUCCCGCGACGAUUCAAGAGGAUGACGAGGGCGAAGAGGAGUAAGGACGCUGUGCACCGCUGGCUUCCGGCCUUCGGUCCUCUGUCGAUUGAGGAAUCUAUUGUUAUGGAUGUUAUGCUCAGUAAGUUAUGGGUCGGAUUCUCAUCCUAGCCGCGGUCGACGGACAGCUGCUUCUGUCUCACUGCGGUCUGCAUUGCAGCUAAUUCCACAUCUCCACAAUCAUACUGUACGGUACCCUUUCGUUCGCUUCUAUACCCCUCUUGUUGUCGAGUAUUACCCCGAAUGCAUGCCUGCGCCUAGACUACCACUAGUGGGCUGGACUUCUUUUUGGCAGUUUAUCGACUGCUGCAUAGGCUCUCGU